AUGGGAGAGCAAGAGAAGUUGUAUCCAUUUGAUUUGAAUGAAUCUAGUUAUCUAGAUGAGGUUGUUCGGGAUGGAGCGCAAGAGAAGCAUUAUUCAGUUGAUUCGAAUGAAAUUGGUUGUCCAAGUGAAGUUAUGGUGACAAAAAAUGGCUAUGAUGUGGUUGUUCGGACUAAUCCCGAAGACAUUACUGUUAUUGAGGAGGCUACGGGAGAUGAUAUCACUAUGAUUGGGAAAAUAUUUAAGUCAGAAGAUGAUGCAUAUGAAUUUUAUAAUGUUUAUGCAAGAAGUGUCGGUUUUAACGUGAGGAAACAUUGGGCUUCGAAAAGAAAAGUAGACAAAAAAAUUAUUGGAAGGACAUUUUGUUGCUCAUGUGAAGGCCAACGGGAAAAACAUACAAGAGGAACACCAACUAGACCUCGGGGAGUGACGAGAACAGGUUGUAUGGCAAGAAUGCAAAUUAAAAUCAAUGACAAUGAAAACUAUUAUGUUGUGGAAUUUCUGGACGAUCAUAACCAUGAGCUUGCAUCUUCAGAUAAGGUGCAUUUGUUGCGAUCACAAAGAAAGAUACUACCUGCUCAAGCUACUUUAAUAAACAAUAUGAUUUCCAGCGGAUUUGGAGCAACUAGGAUUUUCUCGUAUAUGAGCGAAGAAGCAGGAGGGCCACAAAAUCUUAAUUUUACUCAAGAAGACUGUAAUAAUUUGGUGCAAGGAAAACGCAUUGAAUGGAUGAAAGCGGGAGAUGCACAACUUCUUUUAGACUACUUCCAAGCGAAGCAAAAAGAAAAUAAGUCUUGUUUUUACACUAUUCAACCUGACGAAGAAGACCGUAUUAUGAAUAUUUUCUGGUGCGAUGCAAAAUCUAGGCUAGAUUAUAGUGCAUUUGGAGACGUUGUGUGUUUUGACACUACAUUCAAAACCAAUGGUUAUGACUUGCCAUUUGCACCAAUCGUUGGGGUGAACAAUCAUGGUCAGACUAUACUAUUUGGAAGUGCUUUAUUAAAGGAUGAGAGUACACGUUCAUUCGUAUGGUUGUUUGAAACAUUCCUCACAGUAAUGGAAGGAAAAGAGAUGAAAACUAUAUUUACUGAUCAGGCCAGCCAGAUUGCCAACGCAAUUAAACAGGUAUUCCCUAAUGCUCAUCAUCGUCUCUGCUUAUGGCAUAUUUUCCAAAAUGAUGCGAAACACUUAUCACAUAUUUUUGGCAUUCAUGAAUCAUUUUUAAGCGAUUUUAGAAAAUGUAUUUAUGAUUAUGAGACUGAAUAUGAGUUUCUAUCAAGCUGGGAACAACUACUUGAAAAAUAUGAGUUAAAGGAUAACAAAUGGUUGAACAAGUUAUUCAAGUUACGUGAAAAAUGGGCACAAGUAUAUGGCAGAGAGCAUUUUUGCGCUGGUAUGACAACCACUCAAAGAAGUGAGAGCAUAAAUAAUUACUUCAAAAAAUAUUUCAAGAAGAAACAAAUUCUUCGAGAGUUUGUGGGUCAAUUUGAUAAAGCAGUUGCUGCUCGGCGCGAAAAAGCCAAAAAAGCAGAUUACAAAUCUAUGGCAACGAAGCCAAACUUGACGUCAGUAUGGGAAGUAGAAGAAAAAUCAUCUAAAAUAUAUACUAGUAAGAUUUUCAAUGAAUUCCAGAUGCAAGUUAAGAGGCUCAUUGACCUUGAAUUCAAACUUGAUAGUGAUGAUGGAACAACUAGCAUAUACAAAGUAUCAUCCUAUAUUGGAAAACGAGCACCUCGCACGGUACGUAUCACUUCCUCUACCCUUACAUUCCAGUGUAGCUGCAAAAAGUUUAAGUUCUUUGGCAUAUUAUGUGCGCAUAUUUUGAAAGUACUGCGCCAUUUGAAGAUUUCCGAUCUUCCAUCAGAAUACUACUUGAAAAGGUGGACGAAAGAUGCAUCAAAUAGUAUAGUUAUUGAUUCUCAAGGAAAUAGUUUAAUGGUUGAUUGUGAUCCAUCUUUAUCAGCACGUUAUAGUGAGUUGUCACACUUAGCGUUAUCUAUAGCUACAACAGGUUGUAUAAAUGAGGAAGCAAGUAUAUUUGUAAAACAGGCGUUGUUGCGGGUUCUUGAAGAGACAAAAUCUCUUUCGACAGCCCAGCCUAAUAACGUUGGAGUUGAUCGCGAAAAGAAUUUGCUUGAAAUAAGCGAUGAAGAUGAAGAUCUUCCACAGCGGAACACAACACUAGAAGAUCCCAUUCGAAAGAAAACAAUAGGGGAGUCUUCUGCGAGACAUAAAGAUCCUAUGGAGGUGGGGAAAAGGGGAAAGAAGGGGAAAAUGACUAAGAACAAAAAAUGA